UGAAUUUGGAAUCUUUGUCUGCUGUCAAAUAUUGUCACGCGCGUUGUUCUUUUGUGCUAUCUGCGACUUCUUCAAGAUCUUCUGAUAUUAUUUACUGUUAGUGCAACUUAUGGUGUUUAAUUGAUAGUGUUUCUAAUUUUGUGGCAUCAAGGAACUAGAUAUAAGCGUCCAAAUGAGCACCAUGAGCGAUGACGACCGUGAUAUUGACAUCGAAAGUGAUGCAGAGAAUGAUUCGGAUUCUCGCACACACGCCAGGAAUAGUCUCGGCGGCAGCGGUUACUACUCACAGGCUGAGAAAAGAGCACAUCACAAUGCUCUGGAAAGGAAGCGGAGAGAUCACAUAAAGGAUAGUUUUACUUCACUGAGGGACUCAGUGCCCGCAUUACAAGGAGAAAAAGUGCUGUCAUUCCAGGCUAGUCGAGCGCAGAUUCUGAAGAAGGCAGCAGAAUACAUACAGUUUAUGAGGCGGAAAAACAAUUCGCAUCAGCAAGACAUUGAAGACCUGAAGAGGCAGAACAGUUUCCUUGAACAACAGAUCCGGGCUUUAGAAAAAGCACGAGCAACGGGCAACUUCAUGGACGCUCAUGAGCUCGGGCUCGGUAUCAAGUCCGAAGGCAGCUCACAUGACACCGACAGCUCAGACGGAGAAGGCACUACCCGGCGGGUCAAGAAACUUAAGAUCAACGGUGUCAAUAUGAAAAUAACUUUAAAACAUUUGAAGGAAUGAAUGUAAACUACCAUUGCAUAAUUAAGUUCUUUCAAAGAUUCUUAACUUUAAGGGCGCCAUAUUGGUAUUAAAACAAGAUAGUUACAUAAAACAGAUUAUAGUCUUUGUACCAUUUUUGAGGCGAAUAAAUUAUUAAUAUUGUAAAGACAUUUAUAAGAUUUCACUUUCAGUUUGUUUAUCACACACAUCUCUCGUUUAUUGUGGCAUUAAUAGCUUGCAAACUUUCAGUAUCAGAUGUACAGCGUUGUCGUGGUUCAGUCUUAGUAGACCAUUGAAUGUUGAAAGAAUUAAAAAGUGGUGUACAUCAAUAAUAAGUAGUAAAAUAAAUUUAAAUAAUUUAGCAAACCUUUAAACAUCUGCUUUUGUCAUGAAUAGUCAUGAUUGAUGUAUACCAUUUCUUACAUAGGUAUUAUAUUAGAAUUUACCAUACAUUGUAGUUUUUUUCUACACAUUUAAGUUUUCUGUUUAUUAGUUACUUGAAGAUAAAUAAAUAAUUUGGUUAUGUUUGCAAAAAUUAUGAUGUGUAAAUAUUGAUUAGAGUUUACUAUGUAUGAAUCAUUUUACUGUUCUUUCUUAUGUAAGUUUUAAUAAUAAUUAGGGGUUUAAUUUUAAUAAGUAAAUUGAUCUUUGGAUGAAUAUUCUUAUCAAUCAAUUUAAGGUCGAAGUAUUUUUAUUUCAAUAAGAUAUUAGAUUUUUUUACUAGGCACAACAGAUAAUAAAACAUACAGCCUAUGUGUACAGCAAGGAGGUUAGUUUGUUUCAGAAGAGUUUGUUUUUUUUACUAAUUAGUAAAAAGUAUUUAACCUACACACUAGAAAUGAGUAUGGGUGGUGGUAUAGAAUAGAUAUCUUUAUUUUUUUACUGUAAUUUGUGACUCACCAAUAUUCAUUUCUAAAUAUUCCCUAUUUUUAAUAGGAUAACUAAAUGUAAGCGCUGCCGUACACCACUUGUAUAGAAAAUAGAACUUUGAAGUGUUGUUGCGCGACAAAAAAUUAAUUUUAGCAUUGCUAAGUAGCAAGAUCAUUUUUGAAAUAAUAAAUAUUGAAACUUAAGUCAGCAUCAAAGCAGAAGCCUAAAAAUUGUAGUUUUUUAGCUGGUAGACGUUUUUAUGAACUUUGAAAAUAAGAUUAAUUAUUGGAUUUUUUUUAAGAUUUGACUUCUUUUUAGAAAGUGAUCUAGAAUUUGUUUUGUGCUGACUAAAAUUUCAACCCAAGUUCUUUUAAUAAUUAUAGUUUAAAAGUUAUAAUUGGCAACCUCUGCGGAUACUAUAGAAGUACCUAACUAACUAUAGAAGUACAAAAGAAGUAAUUUACCAAGUACUGGGUAAGUUACAUUCCAUUUGCGUUUGUACUGGGCUGAUUGUCCAUUGUGUUAAACAUAACACCAUCAUUCGCGAUGUUAGCAAAGUGAUGGCCCAAGAACCAAAGUACAAUAGCACUGUACUUAGUUAGUAUUAUAACGUAUACCGGUAGGCGACUGGUUUUAGUAGUCUAGAAUAUACCGCAUUGUUAACAAUGUUGCCAAUUUUCGUUUUUAAAUUAUAGUUUUUUCUUCUAUCCGGUUCUAAGAUAAAUAAAUUGAUUGUAAGAACAUUCGCUGCAAAGUUGUUAGAUGUAAGUUAGUCUUCUUGAACAACAUUUUUCAACUUAUCGCUUUUUUAUAUCCCUUUCACUUACUAACAUUCCGAGCCAACAAAUACAUUUUAUAUAUUAUAAUGUAUUCUGUUUGAAUUUUUGUUGCGAAUAUAUAGGUUUUUUUAUUUGCUUGUAUUAUAAGUUUUUGAUAAGGUGAGUCAGUUUUGUAAUUUAAUUAAAAAUGUUAACAUUAUUACUUACAUCAUGCAUGAUGUGUGUGAACUAUUUGAAUUGUAAAAAAAACUUUAAUUGUUCUUGAAGACUAAAUUAGAUUGUAAAAUAUACAAUACUCUGUUA